UCUGCCGGCUGCACAUCAGCUAGUGCUACAUUGUACAAUAAUGGGGGUAGAGAGGAGGCAGGACUGGCAUCUCACAAGUACUGGCGUUGGCCAUGAUUACAAGGCUCCAGUGUCAUUCCCACCUGCAAAUAUCAAGUCUACCAUCUCAGAGCCUCUUCCAGCAACACUGAGGGAACUAAGUGAAGCCACAGCAUAUGAUGAACUAUUAAAUACAUUUGAGACAACCACUGGAAGCACUCAUAACCGGAAAUACUGCGCGGGUGUCCUACCACAGCCCAGUCACCCUCUUCCUCCACCUCAUUGGAAGGUUCACUAUAAUAAGGAUUUAUGGGAUAAGGUGAGAAUGUUGAAACUAAGAGCAUGGAGGACUCCACUAGAUCCAGGAAACCAGAGCAGUGAGAUGAAAGCAGAAUUCAAGGGACGUCCAGCUCAGCCUACCACCACCAACUUCCAUGCAGGUCCGCAACCCUUCUCCUUGGAAAAUCACAUAAAUAGAGGGCCAUCCCAGGCUAUAGUAGCAACUACAGAAAACAGGACGCUAUCCGGAGAACCUUUCUACAUAAGAGACAAGGGGGUCUUGAGCUUGAAUGAUAUAUAUGCAUCCACUACAGCUCGGGACUUCCGAGCGUUUACAGCGAAAGAACUUGAAGGAUAUCCCAAAAAAGAUAUUUUGACGUAUUGGCAGGCUGAGGAUUACCCUAAGGCCUGGGGACAUGGCUUGAAAGAAAACCCCCUACCAAAGGAGAAUCAACCAACACUCCGACGACCACCUCCAAUGCGGGACGCCCUUCAGUUCCCCACUGCCACUAAAUUGCCAAGGAUACCACCACGUGCAAAAUCUGUCCCACACAGAGGCUUUAAAACCUUAGUACAGGAGAGCUAUCAAUGGCCACUGGAUGCCAAGAGGUCCCAAGAUGUUUACUUCCCUCUGGAAUGCCCCUGGACCAAACCAAGACAGGGACCAUUGCCAGAGAUCAUGUCUGUUCCUAAAAUGUAUGAAACAGAAUAUGAGACCUACGGGAGCGAGAGACCAGUUACACUGUGACACCAGCUGGGAGACAAGAAAUGAUCUGCCAUCACGAGUAAAAUAAUAAUUUAACAGU